AUGUCCUACAUUCAUGAAGAAGUAGACAAUAACGUUGUAAACAACCAAGCUGUCUGGUUAUCGGCCGCCUGUCUUGCCGUCCAGGGCCUUUUUAUGCCGUUUGCUGGCAUGCUAGCGAUGAGGUUUGGAUUUCGAACAUUGACAAUAGCAAGUUGCAUAUUGUUCAGGUACUAUACCUAUCGAAAAAAUUAAUUAUUUAAUAACUGUUUUCUCAUAAGAUAAAGUAUACGUAUUUUAUACGAGGUAAAUCAUUUUUAAAUGUAGGAGCAGUAUGGAUAACGAGGAAUUCGUAAGAAAAGUUUUAUUAAAGUGCUGUAUUUGUCCCCUUAUUUUCAUAGCUGCAACCGCUGCUAUAAGAAUACGAAGGGCUAACGAAAUAACUACACCUAGUGAACCGCUUGAUAGCGUGAAAUGUUAAUUGUUAAGAUUAGAGGUUUGCUCCUCUUCCAAGUUCUUCGGAUGGAAUUUUAACGUUUUGCAGGCAGAAUAUAUUCUACCUGCACAUGGCUUUUCCUGCUAAAAAAGAAGUAUAUAUACUCGAUAAUUAUAACUAUUUAAUUUGUCUAUACUGCUCCCGCCGAGGAACAUUUGAAUCAAUCAGCCGCCCUAAUAUGCGAAUUUUACCCAUGUAAAAUCAAAAUGAACUUCCUGAUUAAACGAAAAAGUGCAUUAAUUUUUGAUUUGUAGAGAAAAAUCUCUACUAUGGUAGCGAGUGCUAUAUUGUCCUUUUAAGGUCAGUACGGCAGGAUUGCCUACAAGCUGCAAAUCUUAAUCCAGAGAUUCCGUUCGGUUUCAAAAUUCAUAAUAUUUUUGAUUUUAUACGCAGAUUGUUACCGGUUAACAUGCCGCGUAACCACUAAAAGUGACAUUUUGACAUAUGUUUUCCUCGGAUGCUAAAUCAAAAAACUUCAUUAAGAUAAGAGAUGAAACAGUCCUGUUGCCAACAGAUAGAACCUAAGUUCCGAUUGAAAUUUUCUAAUUUUUUUUUAUAAAAUACCUCUUACAAUUAUGAAUACAGGGGCACAAAAUCAGCAACAUAGGAUGAUAAAACGGAUCAGCGAUCAAUUUGGAAUUCUUGAAAAGGGCUUAUUAGUGCCAAGUUUAUGGGCUGUAGUUUACAAACCGGUUGCAAGCGGAAUCUAAUUAUGUCAAUAAUCUGUUUAUUUCAACUGUUAUCCUGCUCUCAAUCGGGACAGUUGUUUUGAGGAUUGCGAAGAGGACAUCAUGACGUCUCUCGAGAACGCGGGCAUCAGUUUUGUGUUAAGGACUUCUCUGUCGCACGGUUUGCACUAGUUUCUAUAAGUUAAGUACUUGUCCAGUGUUACGUGACUAAUAAAAACAAAACGGAUAUGUGGUAGUUGUCUUGGAAUAUAUCAAUCCUAUAAAUGCUGUUGUCCACCUUUGUAAAACGUGAUUGUAUAUAGUCACCUCAGACAGCUCACGACCCCGAAACCCACUACUACGACAGAUCACUCAAUCAUUACGCAGCGUUGAGUCGGAGUCCGUUUAAAAAUGGUUUCAUGUCACUCAUCUCGAAUACCACGAAAGGGGAUUUGUAAAAGACAAGCUUGCUGAUUUCCUCCUUUUCUCUUCAAAAAAGUUUAAAAGAUUCGACAGUCUCAGUAACACCAGCACGCGUUAAAUGUCAUUGUUGGAGUCCCCAAUAUCAGUCAAAACUUGUAUAUAUUUCUGAGCUGAGCAGUUAUGGCAUUUGCUGCUUGCUUUUUCUUACUGUUUACAGUUGUUUUCAGUGGUGGCAUUCUUCUAUCUGCGAUUACUAUCAAAAUUGGUUAUGCAGCCCUCCUAUUAACCUAUGCAAUCAUGGUUGGACUUGGCAUAGGAACUUCGUAUGGAAUCUUACUAGAAAAUUCCACGUCGGUAAGAAACGAGGAAAUAUUGUCGAUGCGAGCCUUCCUUUUUGAAAGCUUAUGAUAUAUUGGCCCAAGUUGAUGGGUUAGAGUAAAUUGUUUGCGCUCCCAAUAAUGCACUCAAUGUCACAUAAUCUCAGUACAAAACGUCUUCAUUUGAGGGACAGACGAACAAUGAUGAAUAAGUAAUACCUCAACUUUAAUUUCAAUUUUGAAACCUCAUAUGCUGAAGGCACGCAGAAAAUGUUCAGUAAUCAUAAAAAAAUUUGCAAAUUAGGUCAGAGGCAUCCUAAUGAAAAAACGCCAGGGAGAAUAGAAAAUACCGCCAGCCCUAGAAAAGGAGCAGUUUGUCCAUGGUGAUUGCCGAAUUAACCCCAAAAUCGUUGAAGUGCUUAGCUUCAUUCAGACAUUUAUUUGCAAAUGUAUCUCUGAAAAUCAUAUGCAUCCGCUGAUAAUAAUGUCAGUCCGCACACUUAUAUAUUCCCAUAAAAAUUGAACUUUAAAUUAUUUGCCUGUCAAAGGAAGUUUUUUUGUGAUUUGUAAGGUAUAAAUGAAACGCAUUAUAAGACUAAAUAAACGUUAUGCCAUUAAAAACCACGAGAGCCUGUUAAUCUCAUAUAUGUAACGUAAUGCGCGCGUGCAUCACAACGUUUAACUAUUUGAAGGCGCACGCAAGAAUUCACCCUGUGGUUAUCUUCCAAAAGCAAGAGCCGUGUCUUCAUUUUUUAUUUGGGCAACAAAUUUUAUUGCCUCGCUAGUGAACAUAGUAAAUUUGUUUUAAAUCGCAGUAGCUUAAAGUAACUGGAACAUUAUAAUUUGUGCAUUUCUGUAAGGGGGUUCUAAGGCAGGAUACAUUGAAUCCGCAAUAUCAUGACAUUAAUUCUGUCACCUGCUUGAUAUAGAGAAAUGCGGAAGACUAUUUUAGGAGAUUUCUGACACAUUUCAGUGGACAACACAACAUCGAGGCCUCGUUCUUGGCACAUGUGCUUGUGCUUAUGGGGCCGGAGCAAUUAUUAUGACGCCAAUUCAGACGACGAUAAUAAAUCCAACGAAUAUUGCCAUCCAGAAUAACACAGCGUAAGUAACUUAAAUGUUUCAUAUUAUGCUUAAAUCUUGUGUCUAAGAGACAGCACGGACUGGUGGGCCUGCAUAUUUGAUUCUGAAAUAAACAUAAUUAUCGUUCUCUGACAAAUACGAAGUUUGCCUGAUUAAUUUUUAACAUGUUUGUCUCGAACACACAAUCAUCGUCUGUUUAUGUUUGUCAAGCAAAAGUCAAGCAUUUGGCGCAGUACUAUCGAGGAGGAAAAGCUGUAAAGGUCAUCUGUAAGGCAGACAGUUGCUUGUGAACCGUAUCUCAAUUCAUCGUUUGCGGACUGAAGCCUUAUCGACUUUGAUUAAUAUUCAUCACGUUGAUUAAAAUACUUUAUCUCGCCACAGGACAUGCACAUCAUAUGCCUGGUUACUUGUAUUCUUUCUAACAACUUUACAUAAUCAUGGGUUAGCGUUUCGAAUGUUGUUGGACUGUAAAUUACUAAGGAGCCAGCCGCGCGGUUAGGGGACACUGCUGGCUUCCCGGAAGUUUACUGUCUAGAGCUUUUAAGGUUAUACUAAAGAUUCGGCUACGAGAACACUGGUCCGGGAAGUUAAAUCAGCAACCAGCGCCCCAUACUUCAUAUGUUGCAGGUCGAGAAACCGACCUUUCGUUACUUUUGAAAGUUCUAGUCUGCUCACUUUUCAUUUGGUGAAAACACUUUUGCGCGAUUUUAACUGAAUGGUUCAGCAUGAUGUCUGCUUGUUUAGUUCUGUUUAAAUAACACUGAAUUUUAUUUUGAGUCCUUAUCUAUUUUUUUGGAUUUUCUGUCGGCCUUUAAGCUUCACAGAUGUGUGGGAUACGGGCCACUCAGCACUCUUUGCUACACAACCCCAAUUCACUGCCAAUUAGACUCAAAAAUACGGCUGCUUUUACCCUGAUACUUCUUUUAUUCGCAUUCUCCAAGGGCAUCUCUUGCGAUUUACCCGGGCGUCGUUUGCUUUCUAUAUUCCAGGGAUUUCGGUAGUCAGAAAAUCUUUCUUUAGAGAGGGACAAUAAGAGAUACCUAUCAAUGCGCCGGCCUCACAGGCGAAGAUACGACAGCUUAAAAAUCAAUCCAAGAGAAUUUCAAUUCAGCCUCUGAAAACAUUUUCUUGCUUAUGCCUGUUUUUUCUACCACUAAUCUUGACAAAUGAGCGUUCGAACUCAAGAUUACAGUCAAAAUAUCCAUGCGUUUUGUAAAUACAGUGAUAAACCACCCAUAGGUCUAGAUAUAAACACCUUGCUGCGUCACAAAAGAAGGCACUUUAAUGUCGUCUACUUAUCUGACUGAAGCCAGUCCGUUCGUACUUACAGGGCAUCUAUUUAGCUCUACUUAUUAUGUGGCAGGAAAUGUUCAUCCGCCUAUAUUUUGGACGUUUGCGGUUGUACUUCUUAUAACAGGCCGUCACGACACAAGAUCUGUCGAAGUUCGUAAUAUUCUUUUUAUGAUGCACAGGGGUGACAUGGAAUUGAAGGACGAAACCUAAUGUUUCACUAUGUUUACCUACUUUGAAGGACAUAACCGAAGGCGCAGGAGUGAUGUUAGAGCCUGUUUGCAGUGGAAUGUCAGAAGAACAAGUUUUCUGCACGUAUUACCACUGACUGGCAAAACAGCUGAUGUUCCAAGAGCUGAAACCAGAAACGUUUUCCUAAGAUUAUUUUCAAUGCCAAAGGCGGCAUCUUCUAGUGGGAACUUCAGUAGGACAUUUUGUGGGUUUUAGUAGGAUUUGAUUGAAAUGCAUAUUUUUAAACGAUUAAUGACACUUUAUUAUCCACGUUGUCGUCAAUCACAGAACCCGACCGACGGAAAACGAGGCAACAUCGUAAUUGCAAAGUCAUCUGGUAGCCAUAAUACCCGAGCUAAUAAAAAUUCCUUUUCUUACCUCCGAACCCCGGCCUGCACAUUUCUGCCAAAGAGUUACGCUAUAACAGUCUGACGGCAAAAAACACUUUGCCAGCAACUUCUCCCUAUCAUUAUGUCUUCGUCCGUACGACCAAUCAUGAUAACCAAAGAUUGGAGCUCCGAGCAGAAAUAAAACGCCUAUGCAUACGACAGUUGUGUGAACACUGUAGAAUGCAGGAAUAAGGGCCUCCCAUAGAACAGGUGACCUUGCGCUAUAUUCCGGAUAGAUUUGGGUUGGGGUUACAAGGACAAGGAUUAUAGGGUUGAUGUUGAGAUUAGGGAAUUUGACCCAAGGUUACCGGUAAUGUUGGGGGGUCCUUAUUUCAGUGUCAAAUCUCGCGAAUAUUUGCAGGUUCUUGAUCGCAGUCGAAAGAAGCUGCGACUGGGACUCGGCCAACAGAGCUGUUAAUUAAAAAACAAACCAAAUCUGUCAAUAAAAGCAAACACACGAGUCCCAAAAAGCAGUCGUGAAGAAGGAGACACGAUCGCUAGAACAGGAGCCUUAUUCGCAUGACGUUUCGGAUUCCUGCUCGAACCCUUCAGCAGAGACAAUAGCGAAUGCGGCACAUCAUCCACAAGGGGCUGAAGUAUUUAUAGGAUGCAGUCGCCAUGCUACCACACGGCUAUGAAAAUUUACGGCUUCCUCCCUUCCUCAAGGAUUGUUGCUUUUGGUGUGAUUACUGUUUGAUGGCCGACAUUCGCGUCGUUACUUGCUGCAAUUUCAUCAGAAGUGUUGGAUAUUUUUGCGAUGAUUGUGCGACCAUCUGACCUACCCCCACUGGCGUUGGGAAUAGUGCGCUCCCAGUAUGGCUAAAUACUCUUAUGCGAAGCAUCUGCACCGAAUAUGGAAGGUGAAGGUCGUUGCACUUGUUUAUAGACUACUGGCCAGUGAACCAUGGCUCAAGCAGCUCGCGGCUCACGCGGUUGUCAAUUCAAGCGAAAAUUUCGGCAUCGUCGAAUUUGAAUGUGUGGCCGUAACUCGUCGAAUGAGCCACAACUUGAGAGCUGGCGUCAUUUCUCCACACUGCUGCAGCGUGUUCGCCCAUUUGCUUUCGGAGCAGUCUUUCGGUUUCCCCGACGCAGUUGCUUUGUCCGCAACUGCACCAGAUCCGAUAAACGACUCCAGACGUUUCUUGAUGUGACAGUGGGUUUUUCCAUUUACUUACUCAGCGCCUGAUGGUUGUCUCCGAUCUGCGUGUAACUUCAACCCCAAGUGGUGCGAGAAGGCGGCUGACAGCUUCGAAACGCUCUUGACAUACGGAAGCGCCCACCAAGAUUUGGGGCCCAUGCGGUUUGGCCUUUUGUCCGUUUUGCGUAUGCACCAGUUGACGAAGUUGCGCGAUUCGUCAUUAGCUUUGAAGAUCCGUCGAAGGUAUUGUUGUUCGGCAAUCCUAUCUUCCGUCUCAUUGCAGGGCGUUUCAACACACCGAGAGGGCGUUCUCGCAAAAUUAUGUUUAUGGCCGAUUGGUUGGUUCAGUACUUACGUCGUAUUUGUCGCUUUCCUGGACACUUUGGUCUUUAGGCCACCGCAAUGCUUGCGGCAUACAAGGACAUCCCGAAAGUUCAGCUGGUUAUUCUCUUCCUCCUCCAUCGUAAACUGUAUGUCCGGAAAGACCGCAUUGAGCCGUUCUUUGCAUGUCACUGGUUGACCCUGGUCGAUAACGACGGUUAUACUGGACAGGACAGAUUACCUUCGAAAAGCCAAAUGAAGGACCGACAAUCCUUUGUCCUGUGUGCAACUACCUCUGUAAAAACGCCGCACGCUGAUGAUGGGUUCGAGCAGGGGUCCGAACCUCAGGCGAACGGACGCGUCUUCUUCUUCAAGACUAAAUCCGCCUUUAAAUCGCAGGUUACGCAACCUGGAUUUCAGGUAUGGCGGGCUGACAAGAGAAAAUGGGAGAGAAGCUCGUUUCCAGUCCUUCUUAGCUUUUUUGGUAAAACCCCUCACGUUUGAACUAACGCCAUUGUAAAUUAUGGUUACUUCCAGAUACUUUACUGAUGAGGCCCUUCUACAGCGUGUGCCACUCUCAUUUUUGUACUUUGGGGGCCCAAUCGCUGUUCUGCAAUUCAUCGGAUGCAUCCUCUCACGCCCAAAGCCAAACAAGAAGGUAUGUUAUUAUUUGUUGAACUCCUCCAUCUGGACAUAUCUAUACGCUGUUGUGUGUCAACAUAUCCUUUUUUCGUCGAGUGAACCCUUUUCAUCAUGGGUGAAUAUGUCCUGCCCCAAAUGCAACUGCGCUUAAUAAUGAGUGCCUUACCUGAGAGAUGACAACUAGACUCAAUAUAAUUUCAGUCGCGCAGAUUAGAAUUUUCCAAAGUCGCGACCGGACGUUAAUAGUUAAAACGAGGUGAAGCAAAGACUAGAGAAGCAUUUUUAGGCAGAAUGGUCUGACAGCCACCAUCGGUCUUCAGUCAAGUCAAGCUGCUGUGCGGCUGCUGGUUGGCUCGAGAGAGAGAGCUCUAGGUCGGCGGGUGCUCCUCUACCAUUGUAUAUUCCCGACCGCAACCGACAGGACAACGAGCCUGUGGCUCAAUGGUUAGAGGUGUUGGACUUCUAACCAACAGGCCACGGGAUCCAGCCCCAGAUGUUCCAAGCUUCGGGAUUAGAUAUGACUGGCAGACGACUGAAGGCCUCUACUUGGAGUAACUCUGCGGAAACGUAAGCAACAGCGAGGUUUCAGAAUUCUCUCAGACAAAACAUUUCUUAAAAAGGAAGGGAAUGAGUCUUGAAAAAGUUAAUAAAACGACCAAACUCUCCUUCCCCUUGUACAUCCGCUAGACGAUUUAACUGAGGCAUUAGCUACUUUAACCAUACCCUCUUGAACAAGGCAAAGUUAAUAAAAUAUGCAAAAGUUAAGGAGAUUAUAAAAUGGUGCGACCUCUUUUUCGACUGCGUACGGUCAUUGCAUAUUAAUAAAGUAAAUUGUUUAGUUAGAAGACGCGAUGGGUGAAUCAGAACAUGGAAUUUGGAUGUGACAUUCGGGUGAGCAUGAUUUGAGGACGGAGGGAAGUUGUCUGGGUGGGUGAGGUAUCAGCGAGAUUUUGUCAAGCGAGAUUUCUACUGCGCAGCAUGCGACAGUGGUCAGCCAUGUGGGAGGAGGGUGGGGACGGGAGAGGGAAUCCGGCUAUUUUCGUCAUUAACCCUUUACUGUGGCACUAUAAGGUGGGUCACGUGUCCCAAAUGUUCACACAUUUCUGGCUUGCAGAGGCUUCUGAAAAACGCAGGCGAUGCCGUUGUGAUUCUUGAGAAAUACAAAUUUUUUAUAACAUAUAUUCGUCCAGCCAUGUAUCAAAACCGUCGGCCAACCAAACUUGACACACCAUCAUCCCUGAACAAGAACUCGCAAAAUUCUAUGUCCUCGUUAUGCUCCACAGAAUUUCUCGUUGUUGAUUAGUCCAGGCUUAUUUAGGGUAAAAAAAAUUUCAACUGUCUAUUAUUACUCUGUCCGGCCACUUACGGAUGUAUGGGCAAUUUCAGUGGUAGAUUUUCCUUUAGUUCAUUCCACUUGAAAUAAAUAAUUUUUGGCUCUAUUUAACCUCCGCAAGUUCCGUGAAAAAGGCCACCAAGAAGAGCUAGUCAGGUGAACUGCCAUAGGAAGAUAAUGUUUCAACUUACAAAAUGUUUUAAAACUAAAUUAAAUUCUUGUCACUUGGGGUAGGCGAGCUCUAAAGGAUAUUCGGCAGUUAGGCCAUCAGCUAGGAAGUGGGUUGGAUUCAAGUCAUUAUCUGUCACCGAAACUCUUAAUAACCUUUUCAGCGAUUUUUCUUAAUGCAUCUGUCGCGCGAUAUUGUAAUAAGAGGCGUAAACAGUCAGUGACCGAUGUUAUAAAAUGCUAACCGGAAGUCUGAAAUGCAUUUUCGAUCAGGAAGGAUGGUUUAAGCGGGCUGCAAUAUUGGUCAGUUUGCUAAAAAAUCCCAUGGUAUUUCAGACACGAUAAGAUGCUGGCUUUUAAAUGGACUUCUGUUCUGCCACCUUCAAAAACCGCAAUCGGAAAAAAUGGCUACCUAAGAAGAAUGCAUUUUCUCCAUCGAUUUUCGACGCCCCUGUAAACUUAAGCAUAUUUCAAAAAAACCCCAUAAAAUAUUUUGUUUGUAUUCAUCUAGUGGUAAAUUAUAUGUUCUUCAAAAUUCUUACUCGACAGCAGGACAUCAACCGUUUUUAAAAGUUCCAAGUCAUGGGAUUUUUUAUGACCGCUCAGUAUCCAUUCGAACAGUAUUGUGUCUGUUCAAUAAUGCCUCUUAUUAAGUAUGCAACCUAGCCCACAUCCUUUGAAACGUUUUGUGGGCCCAAUUUAGUGUUUUCUUUAUGGCAUGAGGGAAUAUAUGUUUUAGGCGGAAAGUAUACAAAUUUUAGACUAAAAAUCUUAAUGAAAAUACAGCGGCAGAUCGAGUUCAAGUUAUUUGGGAAUCGAAUGGCUUUUUAAGUCAGAAGGUGCCCUUGGGUCGGGUAUGAAGUUUAAAGAAGAUGUGAUUUGCUACCAUAUGGUACAAGAGAUAAUAUUAUUAUGGAGAUUUUCUAUAAAAUAUUUUGAGUUAACAAGAAUAUCGAAAAUCGAUGGAGGAAAUGCAUUCUAUUUAAAAAGUUAAUUUUUGCCAAGUGCGGCUUUUGCAGGCAGCCGGAAAUAACUUCAUUUAAAAGCAUACAUUCUGGCGCGUCUGAAAUAUUGCGGAAUUACGUUGCAAGAUGGUCAGUAUUACACACCCACUUAAGUAAUCCUUCCUUCUUGAAGACAGAUUUCAGAACGUCGGCCAACAUUUCAUGAAAUCGCUUUUUCCUUUUUAACAUUCGGUCGUUACGCGUUUCGUCCGAUGCGCUAGUCAUAACACAAGGGAGAACAAAAAUGUGGACAACAUGAGGCCACAUUGUUUGUCACCCUCUGGGAAAUUUUUUUUCAUCCGAUCUCAUUUUUGGAACGUUGAGAUAUUUUGACCUGAACGCCGCUCUUAAAUUUUCUCCACUGCGACAACAAUUCGCAUUUUAAUUGCUCACAGUUUUUACAAACUGCCUCAUGUGCACGUUGAGUUAUCUUUGCUUUUCGCAUUAACCACCGAAUUAAUGAAGGGUUUAUCAGAAUUUUGCGAACACUAUUUAAAUAAAAACUUUUUCAGCAAGUGACCAAUCAGACAAGAGAUUUCGUAAUUCAAAAAUUAGUGUUGUUACCUCAAAAAAACAUAAAAAGUUGAGUUCGUUACCAAAUGUAGGACGGGUUUAUGGGAUUGAAUAUAUGAUUAAAGUAGAAUAUACAAAAUUAGCCUUGAACAAACGUCUUGCUUGUAGUCCGUUGAUUAUUCCCAAAAAAGUAAAUUGACAGUCAUUUGUUUGUUGUGCAAGCUUUUUCAAAUAACAUGUAAAAUUCUAAUUCCUAUUUUUCUUUUUUGAAUCUUUGGAAUUUCGAAUGACCGAAAAUAGGGUGACUUUUUGUUUCCCCGUUUUUGAUCUCAACGGAUUAAACUUAUCGGAAGAGCACAUCUUACGCGCUCGCCAUGUGAGCUUCUUCCCUUCAAUAUGUGCGCGGCUGUGAGAUUCCAAAUUGCGAGACGGAAUACACAGCCCGGUUAAAUUUUUAGAUUGCCAAAAGGGAGAAGAUGCAGGAAAGUGCAAAUAUAGGGAGAAACCUUAAUGGCAUGAUCAAUUGGUAGCCACAGUCCCGGUUUCGUCCUCCGAAAGUAGGCUAUCUCCAGAUGACGCAGGAUUCACGCUGCGUGCGCGCCAAUGAGUAUCCACCGAGUUAGUUUGAAGUAAAAGAAUGUCCGUUGCCGGUCAAGCGCAUUUAAAUGCAAGAGACGAGACCUUUAUCCGCAGUUUAGAGGCUAACUAGGCAUAUUUACAAUUAACCGGCCUGCCAGCGGACGGUUGCCUCCAAGAGUGCAUGAUAAUCCACGAGAGAAGUUUGAAAAGGGCCUACACAGCCAAGACGUCCCUAAUUGUUUUCGGAUGGACACGAGGCUGACUACACUGAUAAACAAAUCCGGUGUGAUGUGUUUUGACUUUGCCAGUUGCUCGAGUCAGACAAGACAUAACAGUUCACAAAAAGACCACUAAAAUUGUCGUCGUUUCUCCAGUGAUCGUUCAAAAAAUCAGUCGACAGUUGGGUACUUUGGUAAUAAGGUAACUAUUUUGCUGGAUGCCAAGUGUUUGUGGUUCAGAACGCUCUCACUGAGAGCCGACUUUCCUUCGUUCAUGAAACAGCUUCACUCUCUAUGGCAGCCUAGUGCCAAUGCUGUUUUGACAACAGAUAGACACGUGUUGUUUUCGUUUUUACCGGUGUACACUGCCGCAUACUCUUUUCUAUGUUGUUCACUUCACAUUUAUAAGCAUGCAUAUGCAUGUGUAUUUCAGUCUUUCCCCUUUAUUUGGUUGCUGGUUGAGUUUGUGUUUUAUUUACUGUGUUUGUUGCAGCCUGGUUUCCGCAUUUAUAUGGUCCUGGGAAAAAGAGGACCGCAUAGUUUGAUGUUUAUCUGCGCUGCCCAAAAUCCUCAGCACCUAUUCGCCACAUUAAUCAUGCAGUUAACCUGUAGCGAACCCUUUUUGAUUUUUGUUUUUAUCGUUAAAAAGGGCAUUGAAGGACAACUUUAAAGCGCAGUUCGUUCACUGACUAAGAGGUUUGCGUUCAAACAGCACACUAAGUGCCGAAACCACCAAGCUUCACACGGACUUGCAAGAGAACUCAGGGGAUCUCAAGUCUCCCAUGCUGAUUAAGUAAAACACAUGCGUUUUACGGACUAAUGACCAAGGGCUUAACAAUCGGCCUUCGCCGCGUCUUCAAUGCUGACCUUAGCCGACCUCUGCAGCUGUAUGUAUUACGACUGCCAGAGGCGUGUCAAACGCCUGUGUAUGAUGACGUCACUUCUGUCUCGAGUCGUGCUUAUUUCACACUAGUCUGAUUUGGUAAACACAUUGAUCCCCUCUUGAACUAUCAGUCUGAAACAUGCUGGGAUGUCUAAACUUACUCCUCCCCCCCUGCCUGAUUUGCAUGGCUUGUUCAGAUGCUUUCAUAAAGAAAGUUAUGGUGGAGUAGAUAAAGACACAUAAUAGACGUGGGCAUUUGAAAGUCGUCAAUACUAUAAUCUUCUAACAUGAGCUUACCAAUCGGACUCAGAUAUGACGUGUAAAUAGUUGUCAUGACGUAAGCUUUUGCUGGCACUACCGACGACUAAAAGGCCCAACCCCUAUUUGUGGCCAAUUUUAAUCGUCGCUGAAAAAAACUGAAGAUUUUAUUUAAGGGCUAAUAAUUAUUGUCCGGCCUCCUUGCUGUCUCCCUCUGGGGAUCAAAAUGAGUUUGGAAGUCUAGGGGUCAGUCUGCACGGGAAAACUUAUAUUUUUAUAAUUUGCAUCAUGGCAUUCGGAUUGCUUUCAUCCGCUGUCUACCUCUGAAGCCAAAAACCGUUUUCAGUUGAUAAUUGCACUUAUAAUACUGGAUGCAAAUUUACUGGCAUUCUUAAAAUAUGCAUGCAGCGAGACUUAGGCAGUGGGGCAACUUCCAACAUAAUAUCGCUUAUUUGGCUGGGUUUUAAGUAUUCAGAAGAAAAACCCUGUAUGUAAAAAUCAUUUUAUGUCCUUGCCAUUAACCUCGGGGAAAUUCAAGCCUUAAACGUUGAAAUAAUGCUCCCUCUUCCCUGUUCCCAUGCCCAACUUGUAUGAGAUGACAAACUGUGAUCGAUUUCUCUUCUCUCACGUGGUUUACUUGUUCCCUAUUACCGUCUAACUAUACUGGCCCGAUGGGAAUUUAUCGAAAGCACACACAUGCUGGCCAGCUGAUCUUCUAAAACCUUCCAUAGAAGUUUUCAUAACUGAAUCAUUUACGUUUGCGUACUUUAGUUCUGCCUGAUCUGAGACCUUCUAUGCAAGCACAUAGUUGAGUAUUGAUGGACAAAACACCCCGGCCAUUUCAAUAAUCAAAGUCAGCUAAGACCAAACUUUCCAGUUUUCCGAGUUUCUUCCACACAUUUAAUUUGAAGGUAACAAAAAGCCCCACACAGCUGUUGUUGGCCCCUUACCGUAACUAGAUCAAUAUGAUUCUCAAGGCGACCACAUACACUGUGAACUGCAUCUUCUGUUUCAUGCCUUUGUCUGUUGCAAAGCCUACAUUGGUAUUUUCAACUAUGUUAUACGUGUAAUAUGUCAUAUACUUUAUGUUAUUAUGUCCUGUAUAGAAACUUACCAAAAGGUUUUGCAUUAACUACUUCAUUUCCAUCUCAAAAAGGAGUACCUUGAGGAGAAUCUGACGCUGCAGAUAUCCGCGGUAAGUUCUCUGCCCGUGUAAAAUUAGGCUCGGAUCAUUCUUUUAGGUCUACUGAAACACAUUGCCUGCUCCCUUGUUUGCAUUUACGUGUGUGUUUACUGCUCAGAAGAAGAAGUCCCUCUGACCGUGGCCUUUUGCCCUCGGCUCUAGUUCACACAAUUCCCUGAGGUUUGCCAUGACAAGUACCAACGACAGACUUAAAGCCCAGGUUAAAGAAAAGCAUUGUGGUCUUAUGUCUAUCACACUUAAAAGGUCCCCAACGCUCAGUGUCCUUAGCUUUUGAUAUAAAAAAUAUUUAAUCUGCAGACAUGGUGAUGACCUGACGUAUUUAUUCAUUGCUUAAUGGAAAAACACAGCAGGCUGCGUGUCCCGUUAAAUGUUAAUUUAAGUUAUAAAAUGUAAUUUCGAUAAGAAAGGGUUACUCGGGAGGGAGAUUGUAAUACUUACUACUGUUUCGUAUAAUCUCAGGAUAUUUCAUUCACAUCGAAAUGCCGGCUUUCGAAUGCGCCUCUUUCCGAUCGCCUGCGAUAACCACGUUUAAUGAAGUGUGCUUUCUUAGGUAGUGCAAUUUUUUCAUCAGCUCCCACAGUCUUUCUAAACUCGGAUAUAUUUUAUAGAAAACAUAAUAAAAAUAUUCCUUCAUCUACUAUUUCGGCAGUAAGUUGCAUCUUUUUCAACUUUUAUAUGCGUAAGACGUCCUUAAUUUUAGAAACGUUUGCGAUUAAGGGGUGUUUUAACACUGUGAAAUGCCCACUCAGAUAGCAUUGUAUUUUUCCCUUCUUUAAUGUACCUUAUGAAGUAUACAAAAUCAUCCACAUCCAUUUUAUCAUCACUAGAUGGUCUUUUCCUAAUGACAUAUGCAGGUUUGAGCGCGCAACACUCAUUAUCUGUGGCCCAUCAAGAUGCUAGAGACUGAGCCACUUAUCCCACCAAACACAGGCAGGAAAGUCUUGCUAUAAUUCACACUAUAUAGGGGCACUCCCAAUUGCAGAAGUGAACAGCACGGAUUUGAGUGUUAGUUAUAUUUUCACACGAUGACAUAUUGACUUUCAUUUGAGGACUUCUACAGCAAGCUCUGUCACCGUCAAUGAGAAAAGCACUCAUGUAUAUGUAUGUGUGAUCAGUUAGGUCAGCAGGCAAGAAUACGCUUUUUCCAUUUUCAAGGGAUUUUUAAUGGACGUUUUUGUACAGAAUAUUCUCCGGCCCUACCUGACGUACGCAAUCUCCAGGUUUUUUGAAAAACGUGUCGUUCGUUUCGAUUGUAAUUAGGUAUUUUAAGCGUCCAGUAGUUACAUCUUGAGAAACUGGGGACACACGAACGAAAUUUUUUUAGGUGGGCAUGAAUAUAAAAUGACGUUAUUUUUCUGUGUAAACUUACUGUCCAGAUUUUCUACAAUUCGAACCGUCAACAAAAAAGGAAGUGGCUUUUUUACAAAACAGUCAUCAAGGACAUUUUUAUGCAGUUCUUCCACAAGGCAUCUUUGAAUGCAUGCGAACAUCUUAAAGUAUCGAGCAACUUAAGCACAUGUUGAAGUGUUAUUGCUGUGUGUGUUGGAAAAAGGUCCAACAGAAUGUCGACGUGACACCUCACUAUACUCAUACAACUCAUACUCACGAGGAACCCUCUGUAUUUAAAAACAUUGUAAGGAAAGGCGAUCAUAGUCUCGUGGGUUUCUUCACCGACUCUAGCAAGUCAUAUCUCGGCAGCAUUCCCUCUUGUGAACACGCAGGACUGGAAUUAUUGGCUGGCAGUUCUUUGAUUUUCGUUCCUGGAUGGGCGAUUAGUUGUGGGUAGCUAAAUCCAAUAUGAUCCCAGAAAAUUAUUGUAAGAGAACGUAGGCGUGAAGACAAUCGUUUUUUAGGCGAAGUUACCGACAGCAAGACGAUUCGUACGUCAGAGGUGGGAGCUUACGGAAGCUGCAGUUGACAUUCUCACCUUGCUAAUGCAAUAACGAAUGACCUCUUGUCAGGAAUUAGCCAGUGACAUUUUUUAAAUACCGAUGACGGGGAAGGCUGGUGUUAACGGGCCUUGUGGUAGUGGUGACGGCUGUUUUUCCGAUAACAGGAAAGUAGACACGAGGUUCCCGACUCACGUCUUUUCAUCAAAAGAAGAGAAGUAAUUCAACUACCAUUGAAAAUUCACCUGGAUGAGGAGGUAGCUUAUGAGGUAACUCGAUGUUGGCGAUUCAGGGGAUUUUAUAUCUUAAGGUAGCAUGCAUUAGUCGAUGGUUUCGAUUCAUGACUUCUGGAAUUUUUAUCAAAUUUCGGUAAGAAUUCCCAUCAUGAAGCGAGCCUGGGUGCUUUAGUCAACUUUUUAGGUAUAUUAGCGAGAACAGAAGGCCACUUCAUCUUCGAAUUUUCACAGCCUGUCCUAGAAAUAAGAAUAAAUCCAUUACCUUUGUUAACGUAUGCUCAGUAAAUAAAAUAAUUCCAAUACCUUUGAUCCAGCUGCCACGUCUGUUUGGUUCACUGAGGAUCACGACAUUCAACGCUUUCCACGUUACUUAAAAAGGCAGAUUUAUGACUGUCAAUUAAUCUCUCUACUUAUGUACUGGUGCGUCCAUCCAUAGCGACUACCAAAUCCACUUAACUAUACCUUACCGUUCGACCUCUAUUUCCGAAGAUAUCCGCCGUGUCCGCCUCAGUAGGAUGAGAGCAGGGACGGUAACUUGUGUGUGAGUUAGUUUAUGGUGAUAGUAGACUUGCAAAGCAUCUGCUCACUCUCCCCUCCUCUCCCACUUGAGCCCAGUGUCAUGACAGAGUCAAGAAGAUCGGAGGCGGGGAGAGGGUGCAGGUGGCUAGUUCGGCGCGAACCCGCACCUAGGCGUACUGACAUACCCCCCAGUCAGCAGCAUACAACUGGCCAGAAUGUUUCACAACAACAGGGGGGCACCUCUCCCACCUGAACCCAGUGCCAUGACAGAGUCAAGAAGAUCGGAGGCGGGAGAGGGUGCAGUUGGCUAGCUCGGCGCGAACUCGCACCUAGGCGUAUUGAUAUACCCCCCGGUCAGCAGCAUACAACUGGCCAGAAUGUUUCACAACAAAAAGGACGACGGCUCGGACCCCCACCGACGCGGCGAGUGCCCGCACCUGGGCGUGCUGCUAUACCCCAAAUUUUUGCUUUUGUUAUGAGUACGCAACCCUAAUAAGGCCUGCCGGACCCAGAUCUAGUCCCCAUGUUGGUUCAACGCCUCCACAAUGUAGCCUGUUUUAGUGGCACUUAAUAACCUGCUGUCUCGCAGUAAAGAAGAGUGAAACCCACCAUUAAUACCGAACAUCUGCACUAUCCCAGCGUCAACAUUGACAGUCAAACUGAAAAUGACUGAGUUAAGGGUUUCAGUAACUUAAACAGGGAAGCGCAUAAAUUAUAUAGUCCAGUCUUCUAAUAUACACCAUCUUACGAGCCCUUCUAUUUCGUCCUGUCUAUCUAUAUCUACUACGUUCUCCGGCCAAAUUCAUCCUGCCGCAAUAAUGCACGUUUUUGACUAUCAUAAGGGUAUCAUGACGACUUAAUCUUUAUCUCGAGCACGUGCACACUGUUCACAAAGAGAAUGGUGGCAAGACCCAAAUCACUAGUCAUUUGUUUAUCCACUCGCCGCUUUCAAAUCACCUCAAAAGUACUUCUUUUUUGGACCACUGCAUGCUUUACUGGAGACCAACCAUCCUGAAGUUGAGAAAAGAUUUUUUUGCCGUCAACUUCCCCUAGACUCUCUAUCUGUGGCAUGUGCUAGACGUUACGUGAAAGAGACUUCAGGUGAGACAAUGUCACCAGCCCUCGGCACGGCCUAGACUAGAAAGUCUGAAGACAAGUUGAGUGUGCGUUGUAUGCCGCUUAAUAGGUGCCUGUUCUGACCAAAAUUACGAAGAAAACUUGACUUUUCUGGGUAGGUAUUACAACGGUAAAACAACGGUAAAACAUACCUCUUUUAAACAGCUAACUUAUCUAGAGUAAUUUUGAAGGAGCUGAUCUAUCAUAUGAAACCCUAGCGAACAUUAUGAAAGGUGUUUCUAAUUACAAACGAUUACCUGAAUGGAGACCUAACAUUGAUUCGCAUGCAGCACACUCCCAAGAGAUUUCAGUUAAGCGAGGAUGUCGCCUAUUGCAUGUCCUUUGCUUCGACCGCCUGUAAAUACUACAGUCGGUGAAAAUGACUACCUAAGUAGUGUAAAAUUUCCCGCUGAUUUUUUAUGUACUUACAGAUUCAAAUAUAUUUUUUAAGGAAAUGCACAAAAAUAUGUUUCCUGAUAAUCAUUUGGUAGUAAAUUAAGUCAGAUUCGAAGUAAGAAUUUGAAAAAAGAAUCUCCAGAUUUAAAAAGUUUUUGAUUACGAAAUUUUAACACCAUGAAACGUCCAUCCAUACAGCAUUAUAUCUAUUCGUUUAUUAAUGCUUCUUAUUAAGUAUGCGACGUGAUCCAUAAUAAAUGCUUAAUUUUAUAAACCUUACAUGAAGUCUUCUUAAGAGCGUACGGAAAUAUAUAGAACUCAUCACAUAAGAAAUAUACAGCAUGCUGUUCGGAAGCCUCAAGCGCAAAUUCCACUGUAGAAGGGGUCGAAAAAACAACGCCGUGCUAUUCUGCCCGAUGCAAUAAAACUGCAUGAAUAAAUGUGUGGGCGAGUCUUCCUGCAAUAUUCGCCUGCUGAAUUUGUGUAUCGACAUAAGCGCAAUUUUUCAGCUGUUCUACUCUGGAGAAAAUUUCCGAGUUGACGGACGCAGAAAUAAAUGGGAGGAGGCAAAAUCACUGAAACAAGAGCUUUUUUAGCCUGGCGUUUCAAAUUUGUACUGGAAUACAUCAUCAGAGAGGGAAUCAGAUAGGGGAUACUGACACGAGGAAUAAAGGCAGUUUGUUGAGAACACCCCAUGGUGUAAAACUACUCUUAAGAUAUAUGCACUUCGCAGGUUCCCUCGUUCGCUUCUUGUUUUACUGGAGUCCACUUGUGUACGUUCCAGCGGAGUUUCUUCUGGGUCAUUUUUCCCGUGAGUAAAACGUAUGUUACCCUUUUCUUCGACUGUCUCUGGCGAUGGUUUUGAGUGAGAAUCCGAAACGUCACGUCAGUAAACUCCUUGUCUUAGCAAAUGCAUAUUCUUCUAUACCCUCACUGUCUACCGCAAAGAAUGGAAAGUUAAAGUCGUUCUUGGGUUACUGAAUGCGAGAGAAGUUUAUAAAUCCACUUUGGUUGUUCAGUUUUAAGAUUAUUAUUCUCUGUAGCUGACAUGACCUAUUUUUGGCUAUUUCCAGUCAAAAAAACAAACUAUUCCCUUGCCGACCAAGAAAAAACAAACGUUUAUGUGACGUUGAACGGGUCUGUUCUGUUAAUAUAUAUUUGGAAAAAGAUGGAGCAAGCAGUCGUCUUUCCACGCCUUAGGCGGCAGCCGUGGCCGAUCGCUUGUUGCUGCCCAAGGGAAACCGGUUACCUCACAUAAGAAUUAUCGAAUUCAGAACGAAUUUACUCCUGAAAAUCAUUCACUGAUUUUGUUAGUUUACUUCUUGGUUCUGCAUGUAGCAUUUUAACUCCCCGAUAAAUGGCCUGUGUAGGCGUCCUUAGGGCUACAAUCCAACUUAGGAUUCGAUGCAGUAUGUAAACUGAAACAACAAGAAAUAUUUUUGCCACACAGGUCAGCCAAUUGCCGUAUUUUUCUUGUCAGCGCGUUGUGCACCAUCUUGUUAUAAAGACUUUGACAUAUGACCUAACAUUCUGUCUGAGCGCUUCAUUGAAGCUUAUGCUUGCCAUCCAAAGCGUGCUAUUAUUAAUUUAACCCCUCAUGUGCUCCGUACUCCACCAAUGUGGCAGUUAUUUUAUGCACCACUUGCAUUUAGAUACGCUAAUCCUGAAACAGAUGACCCGAGAAUUGGGUUUUUUAAAUGCGCGGAUGGAAAGAGAGGUUUUCUUUGCUUUGACUAAAGGCUCCUCUAAGUUGCCUUUAAGGUGCUCGGAGUUGCUCUCGCGGACUCCGAGGCGGAAACCAGUCGUUAUUUUCCAGGGGCCAGUGUGCCGCAAUCUGGCCUAUCCGCGACACUUCUUUUGUGAUCCGCCGGCCAGCUUAGUGAAUGUCAGUAUCAAAAAAGUAUGAGGCAGAAAAAGAUAGUGAUCUGAAAGUUGUUUCAUAAAGGUUUGAUCCUGCAGGCGCACUUGACGAAUGUCAUGCGGUCAACCUACUGAAUUAUUUUUGAGUAGACGAUAUCACGUCAAAGUAACGUCGAUGACAAUAUUAGGACGGAAUGCACACCGACCUAGCUUCCAGUUGACCAUGCGGUCACUCUUCUUCCUAAUACAGCCAAUGGCUAGGCCACGUGCGUCAACGGCUUUACUCCUCUCUGAUCCCACUCCAGUGAGUGCGUACGGCCAGGUUACGUCAUCGGAGGUCCUUCAGCGGGGCGCCUUGCGCGCGUUGCCUUGAGGAAGAAUGUCGUUGACGUAUGCAACAAAAUUUUGGCUAAAAAUUUACAUGCUCCAGACAACCUCUCGGGCCGUUAAUUGGAAAUGCACAUGGGCGGGGCUAGCAAAAGGCGCGGUGUAUCCGUCUCCACGUGCUGUUUUUCAGCUUUUUAUUUACUUAAAUUUUCAUUAUCGAUGUUACAGAUCAACUUACCGGUCCACUUACUGAGACCUUUGCAGCACUGUUUGUUGGCCGUCAUUAACUGGACACGAUUCUACUACGUGCCUUAGGAAAGUUCCCCCAAUUUUCUUCGCCUCGCUCAGAGGUGUUUUCGAGCACACACCCCGCCGAAUGCAGUACCAUUCUAUUUCUGUAGUGAUUCAAUGCCCACAGAAGUAGCAUACCUAAUCACUCUAGUUCCUUCGAGAAAAGUCAGGCGGGCUUUCACCACCUUCGUUACUGCCAGCCUGCUUUUGUCAAACACGCCCCAUUCCAAAUCGGUAUCUCGGCCUAUUCUGAAAAUAGAAGGUCUAGCGUAAAACGGUUUUUUUAUCGCAAUCCCAAUCGUUCAGAUGAAUCCACUCUAAACUUUCUUGGCGUGGGGCCAGCUCAGGUUAUACUGAGUUUUUCUACUGCGCUCAUUCAAGAAUCUGUGAAAUAUGUCUCUAGUCGCAGCUUAGUAAUGUCUAUUCUGUGUCGACCGCAUCUAAAACCAUGCCUGCUUGGGUAAGCUGGCAUACCUUAACAUACGUCCAGCCGUAUGCUGUUGUAAUACUUGCAGUAUCAUUGGUCUGCGGCAUUGGCAUAUUUAUCUCGAUGUAAGCAUUCCAUCCUCCUGUAAAUACUGCACAUAAUGAGGCUAAUUAUUUGCCCCCUACACUUUUUCAAACCGCGCCCCCGCUUUCAGUCGGUUUACUCGCUCUAUGGUUUGCAAAUGAAAUAAUCAAAAAUAUUUAAUCAUCCGGAUUGCAUACACCCGCCCUUAAAACCUUCGGAAAUGCACAAUCAACUAGCACUCCCCGUCCGGUUCAACAACGAACUUCACGGUUUCAUGGGCUACUAUUUUAUUUUGGGUAUCCCUCUUUUAAAUAAAAAGUUCCAUGAUGCAAUUACGUUAGUUAAAUUGUGAUACUGCCUGCCGUGACCAUUUCUGCGCUUUGUUCUGCGUCCUCGUCUCGAUCACUCAUAAUUUUCAUUGGAAAUUUUGCGGGAGACCUUGACGAUGUGUUCCCACUUCCUAUUGGUUGGCGGCUUUCCCUUUCUACUUUUUCCUUCUACCGUGUAGCGACUGAGAGAGAGAGAUAGGCGUAGGAUCACGGUAGGAUCACGGAUGACGGUAGCUCAAACUCUGACGGUCCACCUGAUUGGAAAAUCUGGUCUAAAAGUCCUCGCAUCUUAGGAUGGGUGGGAUCAGGAUAACAGGCACACGGAACAUGGGAUAGACAGCACAGGUAGUAAAAAAUAUAUAUUUAUUAUCGAGUAUACAGGAACGGAAAACCAAUAACCGUAGACUACGGAGAAAACGAAAAAGACAAUGGAACGACUUAUCGGGAGAGGCCGGGGGUUAUUCGUUCGCAUGUGACCUCGGAGGCGUAGUUCCUGUAAGAGACACGAUAGAAGAAGGCCUCUAACAUGAAAUUUCAUUAAAACACUGAAGGUCGAUCCCCUGGUCAGAUCCCUGACUCUUACAACCGUGCACCCCAGCGGCUUCAGCAAACUGUUCCACAUACACCUUUUAAUUUUUUUACUACGCAUUCAAAUUUCACCUCUUUUAAGCUACCUCCGUUUGCUUGAACAUGACUCCCUCUGCCUUGCUACAUUUUCGACUUUCUCUUGGCCUGUUCUAAGGCCCUACCCACAAAACCCGUAUUAGCACCAUUCCCGCAUUAGAGGCACCUAGGGUUUUUCUACCGCCAGUGGGGUUGCAGGAUCAUACCUGACCGUUAUUUCCUCCGGAAUUUCACUUUAGAGGCUAUAAUUUCUUCCCUUAAUUAAACUUCAUAGAGGUUUGGCUUCAAUACCUUUUCAAUACUCCAUCGCUAACGCGUACCUCGUGGUCGUCUAUCCACAAACGUUGAUACUCGCUACUUAACAUUCAACGGUAGCACAUUUUGCAUGAACUUUUUUCUUUUCGUAGGCCAGCGCGCCUGCCGACUCAGAUUCGCUUGAUGUUGGAGAGUGAGUCUUCAUUUUAUGGCAUCCAAAUUAAAAUGUAUAUGGCGCUUAUUUUGAAAAACAUAAAAUGACAAGCAUUAGGUUUCAUGCUCACUUUGUGGGUUGCGUAAAGUCCACCCAUUCCUACUUUGCUUCGUAACUUUUGGCACCCACACCUUAAACUAGCAGUUAAUUUUGGAAAAAAACUAAAACUUCUGUAAUUUACUCCUAUGUUCUGGAGCCUACAGGGAGAUUUUCUUCUUUGAUUAUUUUAGAGUAGCAAACAUGCGCCUCACGCCCUACGAAGUGAUUCGGACAUGCGACUUUAUUCUGCUAUGGAUUUCCCUCCUCCUAACAAUCAUCCCGAUCAUUCUAAUUACCUCGUUAUACAAGGUAAUUUAGCGAGUAUACAAACUGCCUACUACCAAACGUAGAAUUCACAAAGGCUUGCUAUUCGCAUCUAAGCCGAUCUUAGAUCGUAUGACGCACGUAUACCCUACAGACGCAUCCACUGCCAGUAAUGAAACAUUGGCAUACUGUGGCCUCCAGUAAUUCGUUCCACAUUAGGUUUAAACGGUUUGAAUCGAUUUAUCGACCGGCUCAAUUUCUAUAAUUUGUAAUGGGUAACGGCUAAUGAUUUUUAUCCCCAAUAUCUGGAUCUUUUUUUCUCGUCUUUCUUUUUUGUUGUUUCCUGCCGUACUUUGGACAGUGUUAAGCCUAUCGUCAUGCGUCCUACCGCUGUAUAACGUGCAGAACUGUAGACUUUAACACGCAUCAGAAGAGAAGAAGCGAUCACUGGAACAGGAAUUUUAUUGGCCUGACGUUUCGGAAUCUCGUUUUAAGUCAUCAUCAGAGAUGGCCGCAGAUAAAGGCAGUGGAGGCACAAAGACUACAGUAUUUCCAGCACGUAGCUGUCGGGGGGCCGCAUAGGUACUACAAUUAACAAUUUUCGUCAUCACUGCUGGGGGUCGUAAUUAAGGCGAUGAUGGCUCGUCAGUCCACGUCCUCGUCGUUAAUUUCCGCAAUUUCAUCAUCCGUGUUGGAUGCUGACGUGGGGAGGACGCGGACGAUCCACUAUCCCGGUGACAACAGGCCAAAUGGCCGACGGGCGCCAGUAAACUCCGUAACCACCCAAUCGAUUUACGAUGCGAGACUCACUGGACACUCACGGGAGACCUGUUCAUUCAGCCCACAUUACUCUCGCGGAGAGAUGCGCAAGCGAACUCAGAGUCGGCCGCUCGUAGGUGUCCGGAUCAUCAUCAGGCUUCUGCACAGAAUAAACACUCCUACUGGUCUCUUUCCCUUCUCCUCCUAGACGGGACUGGGGCCGAACUAUUUUUUGACGAAAGUACAUCCACUAUCCUAAUUGCUACAACCCCCAGCUGAGAUGACUCCAAUGAGAUAGAUUAGUCAGCGGAUUUCACGACACACAGAAUAUGUAGGCGAUAUCAAUUCUAAUCCGGACAGUGUACAGUAAAUAGAGCCUGAACAGUUCAGUUCUAUUAAGGGAUAGAUUGGCGAACGUAUUUAAACUCCCGAGUGGUUACAAGAUGUCUAAGAAAAAGCAUCGAUAAUACAUGAAAAUUGGGAAAGAGAAUGCAUACAUAAUUACAUACUAAACGCCAGCAGCUGACUGCAAGUCAAAACGAUUAAACAAGAACGUCUACUCACUUGCUAUGAAUAGUAUAAUUUUAUAUAAUUUCGGUGACUGUUUAUGUUGGUGUGUGGUUGGCAAGCAAUCGCUCAGCGUGACUGCGAAUGCCGGUGAAAACUGCGGAGCGCGGUGUCAAACCAGUCACCGGCGACAGAAGUUGACUUAAUUUCGAAACAUCACAACUAUAAGCGGACCUUCCUCAGACUCCUUUUUCUCGUUAUAGAAUAUUAAAUAAAAAUUAAUCCAUGGUUCUUGUGAUCGCCUCAUCUUCUCAGAAUAUUAAGUGGACAAUAAGCGUGAAUAAGCUUAAGGGCAUAACAGAAGCCACGAAGCGUGUCUUGAAACUAUAGACGAAAUAACUGUCCAUUGAAAAUCCUCCCAGCCAAAUGUGUUCAACUUGUAACUGCCGUCAUAUGCAAGUAAGCAGUAGGGUGAGGAACCUAUUCCACCCGCAUUUACGUUUGUCACUCAAAAUUGAAAUUUUCUUUACUGAUUGCUAUCUGGCCACGUUUUAAGUCUUCAUGCUUUUUAACCUCCACACUGCCAGAGAACGUUUUGCAUUCUUUGGGAAAUUUUAGAUCCUGGGACAAAUGUACAUCCGUGACGACCAAUUCCUCAUGGUAGUCGGAACGAUUGCUGCGACAUUCAACACCUUUGGAAGACCGGUCUGGGGACGAAUAGGUGACAUGUUUUCAUACAAGGUAUUAAAUGCUUAAAUCGUGUGCUUCAGUUCUCAUGGUUUUUAUGUAUUGCCGUCUAAAGAAGACAGGUGGGCGAGAGCUAGCAGAGAAGACCUUCAAAACAAUUUAUGAACGUGAAGAAUUUUUUCCAUUUUCGGAGGUUUUCUGCUGUAGAUUCGCCCAGGUCUUUCAGGAAAGACACCUGCGGUCCAGUCUUUUAGUCAUCUUCGGAACAAACAGCAUUUCCCUGCCUCGUCGAAUCUGGUCUAUUUACCACUUAUUUUUGCGUUCCCACUAGCUUCUUCUUCAGCCCACAAUGUACGGGUCGCCUGCAUGCAGCCUUGCAUUUUUUUCAAAGGUCUGCAUAAUCUUUUUCAGUGGGAGGAGGCAUUUUGAAUCUCGCUGUAUCGGACGGUGUUGGCUUAUAUCAGGCAUCCUUCAGUCAAGUUCAUUUAUUACUUCAGUAGUCCAGGCGGAGUUAAGUACUACCUUUUAGUGUGCAACCGAUAACGCGAAAAAUCAAUGUCGCUUGCAUAUUUUAGCACAAGGAAAGGCUACAUUGUUACUGUUAAAAAGAAAAACAGGAUGGCUCUUGGUUUAGAAUAAUAAAACUAUCCGAGUGUCACAUUAUGAUCCAUCUCAAGCAACUGUGUUUAAUUUGAAGACUGGACAAAAUACAAGGAGGUAAAGUUAACAAGCCUCAUAUACUGGCCGUGUCAUCAAUUUGACUCAUUUCAUGCUGAUAGGUCUGUCGUACGUUGUUUUAAACUAAUGUCACGGUGGAGUGUCAGUGCGCCUGUAAAGGCGCCUGGCAAGGGCGGUAUCUCACUUACAAAGAUUCAAAUGUCGUAAAACGGUUAUUUAGGAAAAUUGCAGCCUACCCAGCUUGCUAAUUCGUUUGCUAAAUCAUCAUUGGUUUUCAUGCGUCCGCAAAGUUUCCUUUUCCCUAAAUGCUGUCCAUCUCUCGUCAUUAACUCUGCUUGACUGUGAUGUUGAUUUUUUGCACCGAAACAGAUCCCUCUGAUCACCACAUUCAUCGUCUGGAGUGUAACAUACGUGGUUCUGCCAUUCCUUGGCAAUAUUGAGCAGGCUGGUCGCUACCUGUUCGGUGCCUCUGUGGUGAUCAUGUUCUUCUGCUUCAGUGGGGUCUUUGUGCUCUCCAUGUGUGCCAUCUCGGAGAUUUUUGGACCCAAACACUUUGCUCUGACAUUUGGACUCGUUUCUACGGCAGUGGUAAGUAAAUGUGUUCAUCGAGAACAUGCAGACCUCCGUAGCGCCCUAGACGCCUAUCUGUGUCAGGCGACCUAGACAGGUGCUUAGUUUUAAACUGAAUCCCAACUUUGGGAGAACACAUGAGACGCUAGACGAUCCCAUUUAGAUGCACGCCCCACGCUUAUAGGAAUUGUCGGAAAUAAUUAAUAGUGUUGAACUUUUUAAAUUUCGGUCAUAGGUUGUUAAGAGGGCUUCACAGUGCGUAAGUAUGAUUAAGCUGGCAUUCCGUUGUGAUGGGCUUGGGAUAUUAUCUCGGUAACAAUCGGGAGAUGGCACAUAAAAAAUCCGUUUCCUAGAAAUAAUACCUUAACAGUGAACUCAAACGCCUUGCGGCUAUAUCAGCCGUCGCAGGCCUACUUCCACGCACUACUUGGACUUUCCCCGACGGCCUAACAUGGGCUGGCCGAACAAACAUCGCAGGAGGUUACAUGGAAAAUGGUCGUUCUUACCCAACCUUCCCCAUCGUUCACACGUACACCUGAAUAUACGGCAUACAUUCGCAUUAUGGCAGUUUAUUACACAACAAAAUCAAUUUUAAAUAGGAUAAGUCUGCACAACAUGGGACAGGAACAGUUCCCAGCCAUCUGUCAAAGACAUGGCAUUGAGGCCAAACCAAAGACGAUAAUGUACUUCGUCUAUGUGAGUCCACACAGCUCGACCACAUACAGGGCCUCCCACAUGGAGUUUCCUUCUCAGUCUACUCCGGUAUGCCUCAAUGACAUUGGUGUGCCGUCCGGUGGUAGGGUCCUUGAAGUUCUUUGAGUGGUUAACAGAGAAAGGUAGAUCACCGCAAAUAGAAGCGAAGAGACGAGUCCCAGAAAGCAGUCUUGAAGAAGAAGACACGAUCGCCGGGACAAGAGGUAGAUCACCUUUUGAGGGAAGACGUUUGUACGCCUUCCACUCGUCCGUUACCACUAUACUGUUUUAGGCGACCCAUUUUGUAAUAACGGAACGGAGAGCGGGCCAACUUCUAUCAUUCACCUGUUCAAAUAAGGCUUUUCGUCGGCUAGUAUUGUACAUCCCGACCAGUCACCACCCAUCAAACCCCUCUUACCAACUGUUCCGUAAAACAAGCUGCUUUGGUUAGGCGGAUUUUAGGGUGCCAUCUCCCGAUUUUUACCUAUUAUCUCACUAGUCCACAUGCAUCGUAAUGUUGGCUCUUACGAAAAGACCUCACUUCCCUCCCUCCGUGAUCUCGACCAGAAGUAGUUUGUCAUUUAAGUAGUAGAGAUGUUGAUGUGUUAUGCAAAACCGAAACGGAAUGACGUAAAGAGGAAUCGCGACCAUAGAAGGCCAGGCCUUUCGCGAAGUGGACCCCCGAAAUCAACUAGCCAAUCAGCGUGUGAUGCAUCGUCAAGCAAGCGCGAUCUCUUUGCUCACGCGUACAGUCCCAGGCAAUGGCCGGCCGAACAUUCGAGAUUUUUCCGUGGGGGAGGUUCUUGUUUGAAAGACAGUCAAUCCGCGACCGACAUACAAGAUGCCGGAAUGCUGUAGAACCGUUAGGAGCGGAAGACUUUAUUAUGGUAUUACUCAAGUUGACUGCAUAAAGAGACCGUACCCGUAACCCGCCCUCCGUCUCUCCCUCUUCCACAUGUCGAGACAUAACAAAAAAUAUUAUUAACGAGAGCAGGCUGAUUAGGAUGGCCUUAACUUAUUUAUCUGCCGUAAUUAGCCAUAUAUAUACAUGCAGAUCAGAGUUGGAACGCUUUCCGAGCCGAUAUAAUGAAAACGGAUGAGCUUCUUUGGAAAAAAUGGAGUAGAACUCGUGAAUUUCCAAGUUGGUGGCACCAACCCGUCAUCAGAGGUAAUGAGGACAAAAGAAGAAGUGAGACAGUCACACUAGGUUAGUAGGCUCAGCAGAGCAAACGCUGACAGGCGGACCAUUAGCGUGUGAGAGAGAUGAUGUGGGCACAGCGUCACGGCAGGUCCCUAAGCAGGUGGUGGGGGGGGGGAGGGCAGAACAGUCACGGUUCCCUGUGUUGGAAGGAGAGGGAGAGUGGUACGUUAGCGGGAUUGUGGGCGGCUGGAUUAGCAGCCGGUAAUGCGGCGUAGGGCAGGAGCCAGUGAACAGUGAUCGUAGGUCCUUAUAAUAGGCGUCUAGGUCAGCAUCGCGGUGGAUAAUGCCCGUACUGUAAUGCCAUGCCUUUAGGAAUUCUCUCGCUCGUUUUAUUCUAGCCGUGGCGACAACCUCGGUGUCAUCCAAAUUUAAUCCCUGGCCGCACUCGAAUGCGUGAGCAAGGACGAGAGGCACUGGGUCACGGAGGCGGACAGCCACUUUGUGUUCAUUAAUACUAGAGCCCAGGCGUCCACCUAUGUGACAACAUACACACAAGUGCGGUUACCACACGGACGCGAUAGAUCACAUUUGCCUUCUGCUCUUUGGGGAUAGGAUCCUUUACUCGAGAUAAUGCAGCGCGCACUGAAGAUGCUGGCUUGGAGACAAUGCGGAUACCGAACCGACUUAGCUGCCAGGCGAUCACUUCUGGGGUCGCCUGCAUAUAGGCAGGGGGGAGGAUUUCUGUAUCACGAUUUCCCCACUCAAAAUGGGGUUUGGGAGUUUUGUCUGACGCCUGAGGCGGCACUUCACGAAACUGGUCGGAUAUCCGUUAGAUCGAAACAACCGCUAAGGGUAAAUUAGUUCUUCAGUAGAUCGUCGUUGCUGCAAUAACGGUAGGUCCGGCGGAGGAGAGUUUGGACGAAGGUUCUUUCGUGAGCCGCAGGGUGACUGCUUCCAUAAUUAAGGAGAAUCUCAAAAUCAGAUCCUUUCCCAUGGGCGCUUGUUGUGAGGCCGCCAUCGCUCAGCCUUUGUAUUCCCACGUCCAGAAAUGGCAAGCUGUCUUCUACUGCCUCUUCUCGGGUAAACUGUACGGCCGGGAAGACAUCAUUCAGCCUCUGAUGUAGCCUUCCGACUUCGCACUUCUUUAUUGUGGCAAAGUGGUCAUCUGCAUAGCGAAGCCACAAUUUGGGCAUGAGAGUUGGGAAAUCCUCUUCUUCUAGUCCCCGUAAUACUAGUGCGGCAAGUAGUCCUGAUGUUGAUGAGCCCAUUAGGGUUCCCUUCACUUGAUAGGAGUACUUAUUGUCGAAUUUAUAAUAGGUCAUAAGGGACAGAACCUACCGUGACCAUAUGCCCAUCUCACCCUUCUCACACGCUAAAGGUCCACCUAAGCGUUAACAAAUCAUCCGGAGUCAUCUAUAAAGUGCCGACGAGACACUCAGCGGGCACUUGUGUCGGCAGAGGUAGUGGCCAUACGGUUGGUCAACCCAAUUUUGGUGUCCGCAUAAAGCGUUUGUGCAGGCUCCAGGGUUCCCCCGGCCAAAUACAAACUUAGCGUGUGUGUGUUCACACCUGCUGCCACGUCGCGUUGCAGAGACGAAACAGAGACACGGCUAAUUGCCAGGCGCCUUUCCUAUGCCCCCCCCUUAAGCCCCUGACAGAACUAGACUCUGACCUCCAAACCUCCUCAAUCCUCUCCUCUAUACUUAUUGCUUAUUGGUUGUUUAGCAUUUCUGCUCUACUCUACCGCACAGGCCUAAUGAUAAAUGAUCGAAAGCGUAUGUUUGCCGAACUUGACUUCAUAAGAGGUUAAAAUUGCUCAUGAUAUUUUCGAGUCGUCAAUCCUGUACAACAUACAAAAGUCAAGGUGGCCAGAUUCCACUGCUCCCCGUGGUCCUGUCGCUGCAAGCGAGGUUAACAGCCGCCGUGCCCGAGGCAGCGAUGCUUCGGCAAUUUGACUGUCGCAGAUGAAACCUCCCCACGUGCCCCACGGAGUAAGCGCACCAUCGGUGACCUGCGCGUACUAUCUACCCGACUCUCUUCUCCCUCGCCCAUCUUGAUCCGAUGACAAGAGUAUGUAAAGGCAACUGGAGUUGGAUGCGGGUACAAUGAUUGACAAAACUAAACCGCCAUCUUCCAUAGGCCGGUCAAUUGUCCGAGCCUGUCAAUCAAUGCAUGAUGAAAUUGGACACAAGAGUGAAUUGCGCAUGCGUUAAAUUAGAGGGGGAGGGACACUUUUGCAGCCGCUAGCUCAAUCUCUCUCUCCUCACGGCGGUCUUGUUACAAUGAUUAAACAUUUUCAAGGUUACUAGGAUGGGCCUAGAUGUUGCCUGUUCCUCGUCUUCAAUUCACAUGCAUCAGGACUCAUUCGUUCGGAGCCGGCAUAUGUCAAAGUUGUCUUUAGACAGCAUUAAGAAAGGGCCAUUCUUUUCGGGCCCCUGGUCCGCAGUAGAAUCGAGUUUUCCUAUCAUUUGUGAACCUUCACGGGCAAAUCGUUUCGUAGGUCUAGUUUCUUUGAAAGUCCCUUAACUUUAUCAUUCUAGCGAGGAAAGCGCUAAAUCAGCCCUAUUGUCUAUUCUCCCUUCCGCCACGUAUCGAUGACGUCUCCCAGUCAUGUCGGCUGAAGAGCAAAUUAGCGUAGAGUCUGACGUGUCAUAAAACCGUCGCCUAGUGCUUGUCGCAUGCCUUUGGCUCCGUUUGACCUCAGUGAGUGAUGGCUUAUUAAACUGACCCUGCUGAGAAAGGAAACACAGGCAGUCAUGACAAGAAUGCAUGAUCAAUCCUCAGACCUUAAGUUCUUUUACCACUUUGAUGUGCCGAAGGGUGAACUCACGAUGUUGCAUCUUCCUUUCAAGUUAUAUGCGUAAAAAUCCAAAUUACUUAUUUUCAUGGAAUUAUUUUCUACUGAUUUCCAAUUAGACGCCAGGAAGCUUGAUAACAGCCGUCGUAAUAUCCCAGACCGACCUCAGAGAACACGUUGUGUACAUCUGUCUCAUAUGUGGAGCACUCACAUUGCUUGGUAUGUUAAAGUUCUGGAUUUUCGAGAAGCCAAUCCUACAUAAUCUCAUUUUUGCUUUCCGGUAUUGUGUGUGUUUGAAAUGAGUACAAUGAGAGGAAUUUGUAGGCUAUCCCCAAUUAUCUUGAGAACAAGCGAAUCGUGAGACACCACACACUUUACAGCAAACAAUAAAAACUAUAAGGUCUUAGAGUCCUCAACUUGAUUUCUUAUUCAUAGGAACGUUAGUACGAAAAGAGUUAAGCAGGUGACUUCUGCAGCAAUGAUUAAUGCAAUGAAAACACAAAAGGUAGCCAUCUUUUCCGUAGUAAGAAUAACAAUAAUUCAUAUUGAAUCAACUGUGAAAAACUCGGCGCCUCCGUGGGAAGGCUUUAUUACAGUUGGAUCAAUAUGAAUUAUUCAAAAUCUGCUAAAAUAUAUAUGAAUUAUAUGAGCCUGGUAGUCAUCUGGCGGAUUCUAGGUGAAUUACUUAGGAAAUCCUGCUUGGACAAUCAACCUACUGUAUCAGAUUUGGUGCAUUCUAGACGUUGCAAUAGGUUGGGCGGGUAACUUGAUCCAGGCGUAUUAAACUCGUGUCGUCCGGUGGGGUUUCGUAGCUCAAGUGGUUGGAGCGCUGGCUGUACUAAAGUCUUCCCCUUACUGCGUGGGUUCGAAUCUCGCCGAGGCGCCGAGCUUUUCACAGUAUGGUCAACAUGCAUUACUCAAAAUCUGCCAAGUGUCUAUGAAUACAGAUAAUGUAUUUUUUGCUAGUGGUAUCGAAUGAAUUCGGCCAUUCCGUAAUGGGGCAUUGAAAUCUGUGGUUCGAAACGUUGCCAACUUGUGAAAUAUCUUGUUCAUGAGACUGGAAGACAGGCUACCAUGACGCCUUCCCAAUAUUGACCUGCGGCAAUCGCCGCUCCUCAGAGAGGAAGCAGAGUUUAGUUUGUGUCCCUUGAGAAAGCAACACUCUGUGCCAUCUCGACCGUCGUUUUCCGAUGGUGUCCAUCGUGUUUGCCUCAGCAGGCUGAAAGCAGGGACGGCGACUUGCAUUUGAGUUGGUUUGCAGCAGUGGUAGACUUGCGUUGCACCUACCGCACUCUCUCCUCCUCGCGCAUCUGGGCCCGGCGUUAUGACAUAGUGAAGAAGACCAGAGAAGAGAGAGAGCGCGCAGGUGGCCGGCAUGGCAAAAGUCCGCAACUACAGUGCGUGACCGAUCUCAUGAAAUGUUGGCCGAAAUUCUGAAAUACGUUUUAGAUUAGGAAGGAUUACUUAGGUGGAUAUAUAAUACUGAUUAUCUUGCGGUACAAUCCUAUAAUAUUUCAGACUCGGCACGAUGUUGACUUUUGAAUGCACCUUUUUUCAACCUCCUAUAGAAACUGUGAAGAAUGGCUACUUAUGCAGCAUGUAUUUUUCACGCUGAUUUUCGAUGUUCUUGCAAAUUCAAAUAUAUUUCAUAAAGAACACGGAUAAAAAAUACUUUCUUUCACUCAUUUGAUAGAAAAUCACAUAAUCUUUAUAUUGUCUACUUGAAGAAGGAGUAUACUGAGGUUUUAAAAAAGUUUUGUGAUUCCCGAAUAAUUUGGGGCCUGAUGGGCCAUUGAAUUAGCGCUUAGUGAUUUCAGUCUACAAAGUGCAUGCGUUCCGUAUAUGGAAAAUCAUACAUUCUUCUAUGCCUUUAAAAAGAUACCAAAUAGAGUUCAUAAAAUUUGACAGUGGAUGCGGACUAUGUUGUACAUUUCAUGAGGAGCUGUGGUAAACGGACAGGUGAAUGGACACUGCAGGGUCGUAAAAAUCUUCAUAAUUAUAAACUUUCUAAAACCUCAUUAUACUCCUUCUUACAGUAUACAAUUUAAGAUGACGUGAUUCUCUAUCAAAUAAGGCAUUUUUAUUCGUGUUCUUUAUGAACUAUGUUUAAAUUUGCAAGACCAUCGAAAAUCAGCGUGAAAAUACAUGCUACUUAAGUUACCAUUCUUUGCCGAGUACAGUUUCUAUAGGAGGUUGAAAAGAAGUGCAUCCAAAGUCAGCGUCUUGUCGAGUCUGAAAUAUUAUAGGAUUAUGCCGCAUGAUAAUCAGCAUUGCAAAUUCACUUAAGUAAUCCCUCCUAAUCUAAAACGCAUUUCAGAAUUUCGGCCAACGUUUCAUGAGAUCGGUCACGCACUGUAGGCGCAUCACCCCAACCCCGGUCCGCAGCGCACAACUGAACAGGACUUUGCACAACAAAAAUAGGGGGGGGGGGCAGCCCAGAUCCCAACUGGCGCGACCUGGGCCUGUGCUUGGCUGUGCAGCCACGACCCUUAUGUUGGCAUUUGUUAUGGGUGCGCAUUGUCAGUAAUGUCAGCCGGUCCCCGAUCUAGCCCUCAUGUUGGUCCAGCCCCGUGGAUGGUUUUAGGGGCACAACACCCAGCAGAGCAUGCUCGAAUCGUCCGUUACGGCGCUCACUCUCGCGUCCACUUGGCUCGACUGAGCCUUCUAUUCACCUUAUAAAACGGAGAGCAAGUGAGGUCAUUAACACGUACGUCUCAUCCACCAAAUCAAAUCCAAUCAAAUUCACGCGGGGGUCCUCACUGCUUUGUCAUAUGGUGUUAGCCUUAAGUCCGGACGAGCUAUUGAUCAUUACGUGAGUAUGUUUCUAGAUGUUGUGUUGGGUAGGUGUGGUCACUAUAGGUGUCCCUGAUCAAUUAUUGCAUGAUACGACCAUUGACGUCGACAAACAGUGAACAUCAUAUACCAAAGCUAUACAGGAUCAUACAAUGAAGUGCUGACUUACAAUCAGCGGAAGGUGAUCCAUCUGACCUUCACGGUAGGAGACCGUUUAUCUUUUAAUAUGCAUGACCGUUAGUUGUUGCCCAGAACUUAAAUCUUGACACUGGGAUUAAACGACUGAUGUCGCAUUCGCAGAAGAAAAUUUGAGUCGAUCAUAUCAAACUAUCGAAACAAAAUAAGUGCACGCUGUUUUGCAAUUGAAGGGCCUCACUUAUUUAAAGUUUACCGUCCACGUUCUCAACCAAGCACCAGGUCGUUGUUUAAGCACGAUUUGCUGGCGGUAGUGUUUCUAAAAAAGGAUACUUGAGUUACAUUCUUCACACCAUGCAAAAACGAAAACUGCACUAUGAAGUUAUGUUUUUGGACGUCUUUAAUGAUACUAGCCCCCAAUAACCAUUGUUGAACCGAAAAUAUGUAUUUAUAGGCAAUAGAUAAUUUUGGAAACUAGUCCCACAAUUUCGCUUUGCUGAAUAAUCGAAACGUUUAUACUAAGAAAAAUGCAAGACUACCAAGUUUAUGCUACGAAAGUCUUUUUGGCAGUUGGAACACGCAUCUAAUAUGACAAUAAACGGUCUAAAAAUUUAUCCUGCUAAAUGCGUAAAAAACUGCCGCAUCACUGAACUUUUACUUUCGCCCCCCAUUAAGCUGGAGUGCUAACAGCCUCCCUGAGCUGUAAAUGUGCGCCCCCACCUCGUUGCCAUGUGGGUUGCAAAGGUCCCCAGGAGGAAGAGGACGAGGAAAAAGAAUCGGAGUCCCCCAUUUGA